UUUCUCCAUUAGUCGUGUGCAGACAUCUCCUAUAUUGGAUGUCUGGUUUAUUGCUUAAUAUUUAAAUUUCGUUUCAAGUGAACUGUCCUUUAAGGAUGUACGGUGCAAAGGAGCUAUGUGCAGUGCUGCUGCUUACAACGAUUUUAAGCUUCGAAUCUGGUGAUUCGAUUAAUGUGCCAACGACACAUUCGAAUGACUGGCUAAGUUAUAUUUCGACUUUUCCUGGAAAAAAGGAUGCUCCAUAUCCAAAAUACUAUUACAACUAUAAUACAAAAUUGAUAAAUUCGCACAACUCGAAAGCGAAUAGGGAUCCACAACGAUUCACUUACACAUUAGGUGAAAAUCAGUUCACCGACAUGCGUUUGAUACAUUUCAGCGCUUUAUUUCCGAAAACUACGCCACCACCAACGACGACCACAGCCACCGAUCCGCCAGCAGUACAAACUGCCUCACCCACAUUCGAUUUUAUAACAGAUCUACAGUUGGACAUACAAGUAGAAGAUCAGGGUACUGUUUGUAAUAGCGGCUGGGCUUAUGCUACAGCCAAGGCCGUUGAAGUGUAUGCCGCAAGUGAAACAAUGUCGACUGCGCGUCUGUCAGCGCAGAAUUUAAUCGAUUGCGCUGGUGCUGGCAUCGGUUGUACGAGGCAAGUAGCGCAAACCGCUUUCGAAUAUCUUGUCAAAUAUCAACAACCAUUGUAUACAGAAACUGAUUAUGAAAAUAAAAAUUGGCUAACAACACAAGAGAUGUGUAUACCGCCAACAAAUCCGGCAAGCACACCCGUCACUGUGGCCUCGUAUUCGCAGAUCAAUAAUCCAGAUGAUGAUACUAUAAUGCAGUAUGUGUCGGCACAAUUCCCCGUAGUCAUCGAAUACGAUCCGACUUCCUUUGAUUUUAUGCACUACAAGUCGGGCAUUUUCCAACAACCACAUACGAAAGGCGGUUCCCACUACAUGACAGUUAUGGGCUACGGUGCGGAUGCAAAAACAGGUUUAAAUUACUGGUUGGUACUUAACUCAUUUGGCACUACUUGGGGUGAAGAUGGCUAUAUUCGUAUAUUACGUGAUUCGUCCAAGCCAUUAACCAGGGUAGCUUUGUUCCCAACUGGAUUUGCACCAUAAGCGAGACGUUUCAUAUUAAACAACUGUAAAACUUUUAUUAAAUGUAUUUAUAAUAUUAAUUCAAUUAAAUUAUUUAACAAACUCUA